AUGACCGAACUCAAUAAGGCCGAUAACGAUGACCCCUUCCUUGUUCAAUAUCAACCGUCCGAUCUUAAAGUCGCAUCGGAGUUUCUUUCCACGUGGUUCCCUUUCCUCUCUAGGGAUCUCUGCAGCAACUGCACCAAAACUCUCUCCGAUCGCAUUCGCUCUCUCCUUCGGUUUUUGGCACGUUUGGCAAUUAUUGUAGAACUCAAAGGUGAAGAUAAGAGUGGGGAUCCUCCAAGGUUGAAUAAUAACGUGGAAUUGUCGAACGAGAAUUGUUGUUCUGAUGGUAAUUAUGAUAAUACUUCUGUGGGAAGUUUGAAAGAGGAAGAUGAGACGAAUUUGUCAGGUAGUUGGAAAGAUGGGACAAAUGGGUGUUCUGAACCACCUGUUUCAGAGGCUUCCAGUAGUGGAUUUCAUAGUGAGUGGCCCUCGGGGAUGUCUUGGGCAGAUAUGGCACAGGAAGAUGAACUUGCGGAAGAAGAGGAACAAGAACAAGAGGAGUUGAAUACACGGGUGGUUAAUGUGAAUGAUUCAACAGGUGGGUUGAGAAUAACAAAGGUUGUUGAGAAGGCUACAACGUUACCGAGGGAGCGAAGGGAACACAUUCGGUUUAUGAAUGUGAAGAGGACAAAGGAGUAUAUGUGUUUUGAGAAGCUUAAUGGGAAGCUUACUAAUAUUCUCCAGGGUCUGGAACUUCACACAGGUAUUUUCAGUGCUGUGGAGCAGAAGAGAAUUGUUGAUUGUGUGUAUGCAUUUCAAGAGAAAGGGAAAAAGGGAGAGUUGAAAGAACACACAUAUUCAGCUCCACAAAGGUGGAUGAGGGGCAAAGGACGUGUGACUCUCCAGUUUGGUUGUUGUUACAACUAUGCAACAGAUAAAAAUGGUAAUCCACCAGGUAUCCUCCAGGAUGAAAUGGUAGAUCCUAUACCUGACCUUUUUAAAGUGAUCAUCAGAAGGCUGGUCAGAUGGCAUGUUAUCCCUCCAACUUGUGUGCCUGACAGUUGUAUUGUUAACAUUUAUGAAGAAGGAGACUGUAUACCUCCUCACAUUGACAGCCAUGAUUUUGUUCGACCUUUCUGUACUGUGUCUUUUCUUAGCGAGUGCAAUAUACUAUUUGGAACAAACUUAAAAGCUGUUGGUGCCGGUGACUUUGAUGGUCCAAUUGCAAUCCCUCUUCCUGUGGGAUCUGUUCUUGUCUUAAAUGGAAAUGGAGCCGAUGUGGCUAAGCAUUGUGUGCCUUCAGUUCCUACAAGGAGGAUAUCAAUCACAUUUAGAAAAAUGGAUGAAGCAAAACGACCAGUAGGUUUUGUCCCAGAACCUGAUUUGCAGGGAAUUCAGCCAUUGUCAUAUGAACUGGAUAAAACAAAGAGGUUAAAUUCUCCUAAAUCUGAGCCUCAUGUGAAAAGGCGGCCAUUUGGUAGACAGGGUAAUAUGGAAGGAAGGAAAUUUGCAGAGAAUGGUUCCCAAUCAGAACCUCGUUACUCAAGUCGGAGUCGAUGGCAGGCUGUAAAUCAGCGUGGAUCAAGGGGAAUAUAA